UCAUCUAUGUUGGUAAAAAUGAAUGGCAAGCUCCAGAGUCAUCACAGAAGAAGGCACCAAGUGUUAGCAGAAAUGACAACUUUUGAAGACAUCCUGGAGGAGGCUGGGAACUUCGGUAGGUCUCAGAAGCGCAUCUUUGCUUUGUUAUGCCUGGUCUCCAUACCAUGGGCUGGGGCCUAUGCGGGAAUUGUGUUCCAGGGAUUCACUCCAGAGCACUGGUGUCGUAACCCGAGUGUUCAAGAAGUGAGGGAGAAAUGUGGAUGGACUCUGCAAGACAUCAGGAUGUACACCAUUCCUCAAGAUAAUAUGUCAGCUGGCCUGAUCUACAAGCAAUGUGAAAGGUACGACAUAGAAUGGAACAUAACUGAUCUGAACUGUGAAAACCCCAAGCUGAAUUUCACAUCUGAGAGUAAUGUACUACUGACAACUUGCAAAGAUGGCUGGGAGUUUGACUAUGAAGGCAGAUCAUCAUUUGUUACUGAGUUUAAUCUGCUCUGUUCAGAUGCCUGGAUGGUGGAUCUCUUUCAGUCAACUGUAAAUGCGGGGUUCCUAGUGGGCAGUAUUGCCAUAGGCUACCUGGCAGACAGGUUUGGACGAAAGAUUAGUUUUUUUAUGUCUAAUCUUUUAAAUGCAAUUACUGGAAUUCUUGUGGCGGUGUCUCCAAAUUACAUUGCCCUUCUUGUAUUCCGAGCAAUCUAUGGAUUUGGCAUCAAGGGAGGCUGGGUAGUUGGCUACGUUCUCAUUACAGAACUAGUGGGAGUGGAGCACAGAAGGAUCGUGGGAGUACUUUACCAGAUGUUCUUCAGUGUUGGAAUUCUCAUGCUGCCACUCAUUGCGUACCUUAUCACUGACUGGAGAUGGCUACAAGUGGCUAUCACUGCACCAUACAUUUGCUUUUUAGCCUAUUACUGGUUCAUACCUGAGUCACCAAGGUGGCUUCUUUCACAGAAAAACACAAGAAAGGCAAUGGCAAUCACACAAGAAAUUGCUAAAGAAAACAAGAGAACACUCUCAAAAAAUGUGGAGAAUCUCACUGAUGAUAAUGAAGAAGUUUUGACAGCCUCUGUAUUUGACUUGGUUAGGACUCCUAAAAUGAGGAAGCACACCUUCAUUCUAAUGUUUAACUGGUUCACAAGUUCUGUGGUCUACCAAGGUCUCAUCAUGCGUCUAGGAAUCCUUGGGGGAAAUGUUUACAUAGACUUCCUAAUCUCAGGAAUAGUUGAAUUCCCUGCUGCACUGCUAAUCAUUUUUAGCAUUGAACGUAUGGGACGGCGGGUUCCAUUUGCACUGUCUAACAUUAUUUCUGGGGCAUCUUGUUUAAUAACUGCUUUUAUACCAGAAAGUGUUUCCUGGCUUAAAACAGCAGUUGCCUGUGUAGGCAGGUUGGGUAUUACUAUGGCCUUUGAGAUGGUGGUCUUUGUUAAUACAGAAUUAUACCCUACAUAUGUCAGGAACCUGGGGGUCUCUGUGUGCUCCACACUGUGUGAUAUUGGUGGGAUUGGGGUACCAUUCCUGCUCUACAGAUUAGCAGUUAUUUGGUUGGAGCUACCACUGAUCAUUUUUGGUGUGCUUGCAUUUAUUGCUGGUGGCUUGGUUUUUUUGUUGCCUGAAACAAGAGGUGUGCCUUUGCCUGAAACAAUAGAAGACAUAGAGAACCCAAAGAGGACCAAAGAGAGCCAGCUCAGAACCUACUAGCUGGUCACGUUACUUCCUACAGAAGUUACUACCAAUAAAGAAGAUACUUCAGUCUAACCUACAAAUGGCUUGCUUUUUAGAAAUGAAUAUAAUCUACUACUCCUGCCAAUUGUCAGUGUGAGCUGUGUGUGAGCUGAACAAUGUUAGUGAUUUUCUCAAAUUUGUCAUUUCUGGUAUGUUUUUUAUAUCUGAUCAGUAUUACAUUUUUACUGUACAUAGACAUUAAGCAAAGAUUUUCAUCACAGCAAGAACAUGAGGCUGAAUUUACACAUUAAUGUCUUCCAGUUUAAGAGCCAUUAAUAUCCACUCCUCUCUUAAAUACUCAUGGUAAACACAUCUAGUCAUAGUUAUUAUCACAAAGCAGAAAUCAGAAUCCUAUGCAGAAGGUAUAAUCUGGAAGUAAGUGAAACAGACACUGGGAGGAGACGACGAGGAACUGGGCAGGUAGACAAACAGGGGUGUGUGACGACGGUGCACUGGUGCUCGGGGGGGUCCUGGCCAAGGAAAACAAGUCCAAAGGAGUCCGAAGUAAUUUACCAGAGCGAAUUGCAAAAGUCCAGAACUGGGUGAUCCAUCCAGGA